UGAAAACAGCCUUUAAAUAGCAGGAGUCCAGGAGAGCAUAUAAUUAGGAGGGAGAAUCAGAGGACAUGCUCUGUGAUAUUAGGGUUCUUCUUCUUCUUCAUUGAAGCCAGAAGCCUAAGCUUCUCUCCCUCAUCCCGAAAUCGUCCCUGUCCUUUUCAUUGCAGGGUUUCAACUCAAGGAAUGAGAACACACAUAAUCUAGGAAUUAGAGAUGGACAAUAUCAUAGAGAAUGAGGAUGAAUCAGCUCAGUCACUGCCACAUCCUCCAGCUGGUGACUUGCCAAUUGAAGCACAGCCAGUUCCAGUUGAACAACUUGACCAUGAUAAAAGCCCAGAGUUGAAGACCAAUACUGAACCUCUGACUGAGGCUGUCCUUAUUGAUAACCAUGUAGAGUUGAAAACUGGUUCUCAACAACAUCAGAUUGAAGCAGUUUCCAAUGAUGACAAUGUGGAGUUGAAGGCCAGUUCUCAAAACCCACAGGCUGAGGCAGCCCCUGAUGUUAAUAAUGUGAACUUCAUGUUCAGUCCAAAACAACAUCAUACUGAAGCAGCCCCGAGUGAUAAAAGUGUGGGGUUGAAGACCAGCCCUCGAAACCCUCAGGUACAGUCAGCCCCUAAUGGUAAUGAUGUGAACUUGAGUUCCAGUCCAAAACAACGUCAGACUGAAGAAGCCCCUGCUCCUCGUGAUAAAAGUAUGGAGUUGAAAUCAGCCUUACAUGAAUCCCUGCAGGUUUCUCCUUCCCCAACUCCUUUAGAGGGCGAGAAAAGUUUACUCAAGCCUGAAACUGAACCUGCUACCGAGAAAAGACCUGAAGCCAAUGAAACUUUUGAUUAUAAAUCUAAAUAUUACGGUAUUGAUGGCACCACCAUUUCAACCAGUUGUCUUGAAACGUCUAAACCUCCUGCAAAUGCCAAAGUUGAACCUUCUGAAGUACCAGAAAAUAAAUCUGGCCAUCAUGCUGGCACCCUGCUUAAAGAGCAAAAUGAACCUGCUACACCUCAUGCAGGAUGUUCAAGCAUUAAAACUGAACUUGAAAACAAGAGAGAAUUGAAUAAUGUAAUGAAUAAAACAGAUAUUGCUACACCCCAAAGUAAUGGCAACUCAAGCUCAAAGUACUCAUUUCUUCUGGAUGAUGAUCAUGAUGGUAACGAGUCAGGAACAGAGGAUGAGCAAUGGGCAUUUAUGAAGGAGCUUGAAAAUUUCUUUAGGGAGAGGAGCAUGGAGUUCAAGCCUCCUAAGUUCUAUGGAGAGGGAUUAAAUUGUCUGAAGUUGUGGAGAGCUGUUAUGAGAUUGGGUGGCUAUGAUAAGGUGACUUCAUGUAAGCUGUGGCGGCAAGUGGGAGAAUCCUUUAAACCCCCAAAGACAUGUACUACUGUUUCAUGGACAUUUCGAGGGUUUUAUGAGAAGGCACUUCUUGAUUAUGAAAGACAUAAAAUGUGUGGUGGUGAGCUUAAUGUACCCCUUAGUUCCAACUCAGAACCCAUGAACAUUGACAGUCAGGAACCUGGAUCGGGUAGAGCACGGAGAGAUGCUGCAGCACGUGCAAUGCAGGGUUGGCACUCGCAACGUCUUCUUGGUAAUGGAGAAGUUAGUGACCCUAUCAUUAAGGAUAAGAAUUCUCUCUCUUUGCAAAAGCGUGAAAAACAGCUUAAAAGCCUUGGUUUACUUAAACGCAAGAAACCUUCAUACAUGGAACAUGCCAUCAAAGCUGCACGCACCAAAACAUCCAAACCACAAUUGGAUGUAGAGGUAGUUGACCUUGGACCUCCAGCUGACUGGGUGAAGAUCAAUGUGCAGAGAACAAAAGAUUGCUUUGAGGUAUAUGCUUUAGUACCAGGGCUUCUUCGUGAGGAGGUCCGAGUUCAAUCAGAUCCAGCAGGACGAUUGGUCAUCAGUGGUGAACCUGAGCAUCCUGAUAAUCCCUGGGGUGUCACUCCUUUCAGAAAGGUGGUUAGCUUACCCUCAAGGAUCGAUCCACAUCAAACUUCAGCUGUGGUGACCCUGCAUGGACAACUUUUCGUACGUGUCCCAUUUGAGCAAACAGACUAGAUAGGAGUUUCGCAAAUGUCUAUGUCCUAUCCCCCUUAUAUUGUACAAGUGGUUAGGAGGUUAGGGCGUAAGUUUAACAGCCCAUUUCCCUCCACAUAUUUAAGUUUUGAACUCUGAUGUAUGCGACUUGUAAUGGAUUAUUAUUAUUAUUAUUAUUAUUAUUAUAAUUUCCCAAUAUUUAGGAUG